UUUUUCCUAUGUUGCGUAUAGGAUUCGGCAUACUUUUUGCUACAGAAUUGCCCAAAUACAAUAAUCCACGGAUUUAAAUCCGGUGAGUUUGAAGGCCAGAUAUCUUUCCCCCAAAAGCCAGGAAACAGCUCCCCACAGAGCUGGAUUGUCGUUUUGGCUCCAUGCGCGGGUGCCCAAUCCUGCUGAAGCGAGAAUUGGGUUUCACCGUAAAGCUAUAGAGGCCAUGGAUGCUAAAUCCCCUUCAGAAUGUCAUUUUUUAGACUAGCAUUAAUUUUUACAUUUCAUCACUCUGUUGAGGCGACCAGUUGCGACCAAGCGUUUAAUCUUUCGGCAUUUCUGAAGCAGCUGAUGCUUUAUUCGAUCGUUAAGGAAAUUUGUGCGGCUGAUCUUGUAGCUCCGAAGUCUAAGCUUCACUCUGACAAUAUUCGGAGGCUCCUCGAUCUCAUUUCGAGCUCUGAGGCCAUUUUUCGCAUCGAUUGUUCAGAAAAACGGCGAAUUCGGAAUCUGACCACGUUCAUGUUUUCAGGUGUAACUGCGGUUACUGGCCAGACACUACGGGGGUGGUCCUGA